CGAAGUUAGUACUGUUAAAACUACAUGUUUUGACUAACGGUGAUAAGUUAAAUGGCCAAUAUAACCUUGUAUAAAUGGAAAUUAUUAGGUAGUUGUCAAUUAACUCAACUCUUGCUCACGGAAAAAAUUAAGAAACGAAAAUCUCUCCACAAAACGAGCGAGGCAGUAAAAUCCAAAUCGAAUAUGAAGAUCCAUUUGUCACGGCGCACGAUUCCAUGGAAUGAUAAUGGAUAUGGACAAAUUCUAAUGAGAAGGCUCCCGAUUAUGACAUUUUUAUUCCUUUGCUUGAGGACAAAUCUUUUAGGGCAUCUAAAAAUGACGGACAAAGAAGAACAAGAAGGAACUAAAUGGCUUCCAAUUGAUGUGGUAAUUCACUUUGGUGGAGUUGUUGUGUAUGAGCCUGAGUAUCACUACACGGGCAACCUAAUGAAGGUAUUUAAGAAUGUGCAUCUAGAUUAUUUGUCUGAAGAUAUACAAAGGGAGAUGUACAAGAAUGCCAACCCCAAUUAUGUUUAUGGUGUCGUUGAGCUCCAUAUUGCACCUCCAUGCGUUGGAAUAGAUCAUGGAUUGGGACAACCAAAUGAGGAAGCUGACAUGAUGCAACUUUGGGAUGCAUACAAUGGAUUGGAAAAGCUUGACAUUUAUGUUGUAGAGUCUGGGAGCCCAAUUAAAGAAGUAGAGUUUGCAGUUUUGAAUAUCAACGCCCAUGGAUUUACUAAUUCUUCAACUGUAGCGAGUAUUAGAAAGAAGAAUGGAGGUGCCUGUAGAGCCACCAAAACCAGCUCCAGCAGAAAAACUAUAAAAAUCAGAAAAACAAGAGCUAAAUCAAGAAUUCUGGAUACAAAGAUUCCAUGGGAGGUUGAACAAGCCCAAUGGGAACAUGAUAGAGGUCUUCCUAAAACAUGGCCACAAGUUGAAAGCAUAUCAGUGACUGAAGAACAGCCUGAAACAUGUGCUGAAGAUUGUGAAACCAUAGAAGAAAGUGGAUGUGAGAUAUCAAGUAAUCUAGUGAGCCAAGAUCAGCUAGAACCAAAAGGGAAAAUAGGUGCUAAUAUAUUUGAAACAACUCUAGAGUUUAGAUCCGAUGACAGGGGCAAUCUUGUGAGUCAAAACAAUGGAAUCAAAUCCAAGAAAAUAACUCCAAGGAGGAUGGAGCUGACACAAGCCGAUUCCGAAGAGGGUUACUUUUUGCAUGUAGAACAAGAUCAGGAAUUUGUGCCUUAUGAUGAAUCAUGGUUAAAUGAGGGGAUAAACAGACCAGAAGAUGAAAAUGUCUUUGGCAUAUUAAGGAGAGAUGAUGUUCCACUUACUAGCGCUACAAGUGAUAAAGGAGAUAUAAGAGGUAACAUCCCAAGUAAACAUCCAAAGAACAACCAACCACAAGGAAAUGGUGAUGAUGAUGGUUAUUUUAAUGGAUGUGUAGAAGAAUGGAAUGAGCCGCUAGUAGAGGAUUUAGCUACAUUUUAUGCCCCCAUAGCUGAAGAUGAUGAUGGUAAUGUUGCAGAAAAUCUCACUUUUUACCCUGAUAUUGAAUUGCAUGCCAGUCCUAUUCAGAAGACAAAAACAUUUCAAAUCAAGACGAUCGGGCAGGGCCACAUCUGUGAUAGACAAUAUGACAACAGGAAUUGUACUUUUACAUAUCUAAGCAAAAAAUACCAGUACCUUAUUCGUGCUGCUCCAAACAUACUCCUCCAAGGCCUUAUUGAUAUUGUAAAUAUGGAGUUUCAAGUUGAAAUUACUGUUAGGCAAGCCUGCUGGCUAGAGCGCAGAGCAAUGGCCGACAUUCAUAGAGUCCAAAUGGAGCAGGUAAUACUGAAUAAAAAUUUAGAAUUGAGCAGAUAUUGUAGGCCUUACUAUUCUUCACCUGAUAUUUAUGAGGUGGACUGGGGUUCGAAUGUGGAUGAUUGUUAUACAAAGAAGACAUACUUGAAGACAUAUGCACUGCCUGUAGGUGCUAUGCCUUCGAAGGACCACUGGGAGAGGCAAAGGCCACCAAAAGUUAGUGGUAAUCAAAGGCAAGGAUCUGAUACGCAUCAAGGCGGUAGUAAUUAUGUACAAAGAGCUGCAACGGAGCAAAGUGGUGGUAAUAAAGUGCAUGUAGUUACUACACGACACGAUAGUGUUCAAGGACAAGGAUCUGUUCCUCAUCCUAAUCCUCUUGCAAAAAAGAGCAUUAAUGGUGUAGCUAGUCACGGCAGGAAUUCACAACCAUCGAAUACAAUAACAUUCUCACAGCCUGUUGCAAGGCAAACAACUCCGUCUAAUUCACAAGAGUACCAGUGGGGCAAGCUGAGUGAAGGGCCUCCUUCUUUUGCAAAUGUUUUGAAGGCUAUCAAAGCUAGAAAGAUGCAGUUGCAGAAGCCAAUCAAGGAAGAAAGGAUGGAUCUUGACUACCUAUGCGAUAAGAAGUUAGUUCAAGGGAGCUAUGAUCAAGAUGAUGAGACUGUCAUUAACUUUAGAGUUCAAACCGAAGGAAAUGAUUCACUCAUGGAAAUAAGUGUUCAAGAGUAUCAAGGGAGUUUGACUCUAGGUGCUCCAUGA